CAGGGGCGGAGCGGCCACCAUCUUGGAACGGGAGGCGGAGCAGAGCCGACUGGGAGCGACCGAGCGGGCCGCCGCCGCCGCCAUGAACCCCGAAUAUGACUUCCUGUUUAAGCUGCUCCUGAUCGGUGACUCGGGCGUGGGCAAGUCAUGCCUGCUCCUGCGGUUUGCAGACGACACAUACACCGAAAGCUACAUCAGCACCAUUGGGGUGGACUUCAAGAUCCGGACCAUUGAGCUGGACGGCAAAACCAUCAAACUCCAGAUCUGGGACACAGCUGGGCAAGAGCGCUUCCGGACCAUCACUUCCAGCUACUACCGGGGGGCCCACGGCAUCAUCGUGGUGUAUGAUGUCACCGACCAGGAGUCGUACGCCAACGUGAAACAAUGGCUGCAGGAGAUUGACCGCUAUGCCAGCGAGAACGUCAACAAGCUCCUGGUGGGCAACAAGAGCGACCUCACCACCAAGAAGGUGGUAGACAGCACCACAGCCAAGGAGUUCGCUGACUCGCUGGGCAUCCCCUUCCUGGAAACAAGUGCCAAGAAUGCCACCAACGUGGAGCAGGCGUUCAUGACCAUGGCUGCGGAGAUCAAAAAGCGCAUGGGGCCGGGGGCAGCCUCGGGGGGUGAGCGGCCCAACAUCAAGAUCGACAGCACCCCUGUGAAGACGCCCGGUGGUGGCUGUUGCUAGGAGGGGCAUGGGGAAGUGGCACCAGAGGGACCCCUACAGAUGAUGCCCCAGAAGGGCGUGGGAAGUGCCUCCUUCUCCCUCUCCCGGGGUAUUUGAGUCUGUGAUUUCGGGGUGUCCUGGGCACCCCAUCUCCCUCUGGCCCGUCUGCCUUCUGCCCUGGGCCCUGCUAUCAGGACCCCCUACCGGAAGAAACCCUGGACCUGGGGCUGGCUGGGGCAGGGCCUGCUCUGCUGCUGCCUGGGUAACUGCGGAUACCACCCGUCUUGAGAAGGAGGGCUUCUCCGCUUGCCCACCCCCCAUAUGCUGCACUGGGUUCUCCCUGCCCCUCUUCCCACAGCUGGGGCCCAUCCCUGCCCCCCGCCCUGACUGCUGUCAGAGCCUGGGGUCCCGAGUCCUGGGCCCUGGGUUGGGACCUCAGGACGGGUGGCAGCCCAGCAGCCCACCCUCUCUGCUCCACCUGCCCUGUCCCUCCCACACGCCCAGCUCCAGCCGUCCAGCUGCCAUGGGGUCUGAGCACACAGCGGCCAGGUGGGCGGGUAGCCGCCGCGCUGGGCCUGUGUCGUGAGCCCAGAGGGUGCCUGCUUCUGCCGCCCCCUGCCCUGCCGGAGCCGGCUGUGUGCUGCCUGUACACCGGGCCCCUUUGUCCCCUUGGCAGGCGGAGGCGGGAGGCCCACCAUGCUGAGGCCGGGCGCUAGCCUUAACCCUUGCCCUGCCAGCACCUACUCCCUCCCUGAGGCAGCACAUCUGGCCUGGGCCAUUCCAUCCCCUUGGCGCCUCAGAUGGCAGACCCGCCACUGCUUUGGGGGCACAGGUCUGGCCCCUGCCACUUUCCCCUGCUGCCCAGGAUCCUGACCCCUCCCUCUGGUACAGCUGCUUCCUGCAGGAAAACAAACCUUUGGUCUCAAUGUAGAAGCCAUGUCCUGGUGCCGUCUCUCCUUGUCUGGCUCCUGGCCCCUGGCCCCUGCCCCAUGCCCCAACUAGUAUUUAAUUCACAGGCCUGCCCCUUGGGGUGUGCCCCUGCUCCCAGGUUCCCCUCUGGUGCCCCUCUGGUGUCAUGUCAGACAUUUUACAAGGAAAAGCCACUUGGGGAAAGAUGGAAAAGGACAAAAAAAAUAAUAAAUUUCCACUGGCCCUCGGAUGAGCUGAGGGUUUUUGCCAGGAA